GCUUCUGCAUUCCGUCCUCAACAGCUUUCUCCGAGGGGGCGGCCGUAAGUCACGCUGCUACCGCAAGCCGCUGCUGUCGCUAAGCACGUUCCUAGUUUCAGACGAAGGUUUUCCGUCAGGAGGCCGCGCAAGUGCACUUGCGUCUCACCGUUACCAUAGCGACUGGGCCUCGGGAAGGCAGAUCCUUGCUGCUUUGUCAACAUCUUUGAGCAACUACGGCCCCGGAGGCCGGGCUAACUGGCGGCAGGUAGGAAACUAUGUGAAAGAAUCUUCCGAUGUCAUAAUUUCCGGGUGUCACUGGAACAUUUGAUCAUCAUUCCUUUGGCAAUUCCAGGCUUCUGUGGAAGGUCAGUAGAAGCAUUGAUUUAUUCACCUCUACAGGAAUCAGACUCGGCCUAUAUCAGUUUUCAGUGAAUUAUGCCUUUUCAGUUUGGAACCCAGCCAAGGAGGUUUCCAGUGGAAGGAGGAGAUUCUUCAACUGGGCUAGAACCGGGGAUGAGCUCCAGUGCUACCUGUAAUGGGAAGGAGAUGUCACCAACCAGGCAACUCCGGAGAUGCCCUGGAAGUCAUUGCCUGACAAUAACUGAUGUUCCUAUCACUGUCUAUGCAACAAUGAGGAAGCCACCUGCACAAAGCAGCAAGGAAAUGCAUCCUAAAUAGCAUCAUUAAGUCUUUUGUCAAGGUCUGACUAGGUCAAGGGUAAUGGACCAGUAUCAUCUUGUGAUCUGGUAAACGAAUAAAAGUGGUGGCACCUUUGAAUGAUGA